AUGCGACUCCAACCCAUCUCCAUCACAGAGCAGAGGAUGGUCGUUGAAAGCAGCACUGAUGGCACUGUGAACAUCGCAGACAUCCCCGCCGACUGGCAACUCGCCUCGGCCAUCCGCGCAUCCGUCCACCCUGUGCUCAAGGACCAGCGCAUGCUCGUCCACCUCGGCCUGCAGCAAAGCAACGUUGACAUUGUCAACGCCAAGUUCCACUCUGUCUCCAACCCCCAGAACGCUGACUUUGGCAAGUUCCUGACCCGCGAGGAGCUCCGUCAACUCGUCGCCCCGUCUGCUGAGACCAUCGAGUCGGUCGUUGCUUGGCUCUCGGCCAACAACGUUGUCGGCAUCGAGUUCACCCACUCGAACGACUUUAUCCGCGUCCGCCUCACCCCCGCCCAGAUCGAGCAGCUCUUCAACGUCGAGCUCUUCCAGUACCAGUCGGCCUCCAACCCCGAGGUUUCGAUUGUCCGCUCGGCCACCCACGCCGUCGUUCCCUCGGUUGUUGCCAAGUACAUCAACCUCGUUCACGGCUUCACCCAUUUCCCCAUCCUCAAGAGCAACGAAAAUAAGGGUGCUAACAAGCUCGGCGCCACCGGCUCCGUCACUCCCCAGGUCAUCAAGAAGAUGUACUCUGUCACUGACGUCUUCUCGGGCCGCACGAACGCCUCCCAGGCUGUUGCCGAAUUCCAGGGCCAGUCCUUCUCGUCGAGCGAUCUCGCCAAGUUCCUCUCUGCCUUCAGCCUGCCCAGCCAGACCGUCCGCAACAUCACCGGCCCCAACACUGACGUUGCCCACAUUGAGGCCAACCUUGAUGUCCAGUACAUUAUCGCUUCCGGCCAGGGCAUCCCCACCGAUGUGUACCUCGCUGCUGGCGAAGACUUCAACCUGAUUGGCUGGAUUACCGACGUCGAGGCCAACGCCAACUCUGCGCUCGUCUGGUCUGUCUCGUAUGGCGAGAACAUUGCCUCACAAACCGUGGCUGACGUCAACCGUCUUGAUGUCGAGUUCCAGAAGGCUGCCAUUCUCGGCCACACAAUCAUUUUCGCCUCUGGCGACUCUGGUGUCUACUCGCGUGGCGCCACCUACCUCAAGUUCCACCCCGGCUACCCCGCGUGCAUGGCCUCUGUCAUCUCGGUCGGCGCCACCGAGUACAACGACGACGACACCGAGACCCAGACCACCAACUGGUCUGGUGGCGGUUUCGCCCUCAGCAACUACGUCAACGCCUCCCAGGCUCCCUGGCAGAUUGCCGCCGUCCAGGCCUACCUCAACUCUGGUGUCGAGCUUCCCCCGUCUGGCCAGUACGACGCCAUGGGCCGUGCCUUCCCCGACGUCUCGGCCUUCGGCCUGAACUUCCAAAUUUACGAGGGUGGCUUCGCCUCCUCGGUCUCUGGCACCAGUGCCGCCGCCCCGACCUUUGCUGGCAUCUUCUCGCUCGUCAACGACGCCCGUCUUGCUGCUGGCAAGAGCCCCCUCGGCUUCCCCGCCUACUUCCUCUACCAGAACGCCCAGGCCUUCAACGACAUCAAGAUUGGCUACAACAAGGCCAGCGGUCUCUACGGCUUCCACGCCACCACCGGCUUUGAUCCCCUGUCGGGCCUCGGCACCCCCAACUACACCCGCCUGAAGGCCGCUGCUCUUGCCCUCCCUUAAACAAAGAAGCGAGCAAUCAGCUGCGGUUGUUGUUGUAGUUGUUGUUGUUGUUGUUUUUUCCAAUCAAUACAGAUUGUCUCUACUUGA